CAGAUAGCUUGUCAAUACCCAAUAAUGAAAUUAGACAACUUUUCUCUCGAAAUACUUGUAAAUGACAAACCACUUCCAGAGUUUACUGAAAGAGUGUCAAACGAUAAUAUUUUAUUUGUUGAUAAGGUUAUAACUACAGGACCAUCAUAUACUCGUAAAGAAAUAGAUUCUCCAGAGGAGCCAAGUUCUCUUACACACUAUGCAGCAGUUCAAGAAUUUGGCACAAGAUAUGCUGUAAGACUUUCCGUGGCAUCAUCUUGUUGUAACACUGAAAGUCUAAUAAAAGUUUAUAUGUAUGUUGACGAUAAAUUCGAUUAUACUUACACGGAACUUAAUCCAACCAGAUUGAGCGAGACAAGAACAUGUUUUUGGAGUAAAAAUAAAGACAAAAUGUAUUAUUUUAAGUUUGAUCCGACGAUUUGGAGUGAAGAAAAAAAUGAAAUAAAUAAUAAUGAAUCAAUUCAAAAACGUGGAGGUUCUGGUGCGAUAUCAGCAUAUUUUUACCAAGCAGAACGUGUACCAAGAAAUGGAUCACUACCUCCUGAUUAUAAUAUUGAAUCAGCAAUUAUUCCAGAGAAUAAAGAUACAAGAGCAAUAAAAUUGACUACACAGUAUGAUGUAGUUCAAGUAUCCAAUCCAACAACUACAAGAUCUGGUACUUAUUUACAAAACAAAGGAAAGCCAUUGGCAGUGCUUCAUCUUCAUUACCGUGCGGCCGAUUUGUUAAGAUCACGAGGACAUGAUGUUCCAUAUCCUCAUCCUGCUAAUCGGAUUAAUAAUACGGGUCUUGAAUAUAAUGGAGUUAAACGAGAAAGAAAGAUUAAAGAAACAUCAGAUGAUGAAGUCAUCAUUCUUAAAUACAUUUUUAAAGAAUCAUUGAUUUCAGAUGAUAUUCAAAGAGAAUUACCACAAGAUUAUAAGUUAAGACCUCUCGCAAAAGAUGAUUUUAAAAAAGGGGUUAUUCAAUGCUUAGAACAACUUUCAGUUACUGGUGAAGUAACUGAAGAAAAUUUUAUUGAACGAUUCGAAAAAAUGAAAUUCGUAGGAGGAUAUUAUAUAAUUGUUAUUGAAAGUGAUGAAAAAAAAAUUGUGGCAGUUGGAACUUUAUUUGUUGAGAUGAAAUUCAUAAGAGGUUGUGGAAAAGCUGGUCAUAUCGAGGAUAUUGUCGUACAUGAUUCUCAAAGAGGAAAGAAUUUUGGAAAAAGGAUCAUCGAGCAACUUAAAGAUAUUGGUAAAAAAGUUGAAUGUUACAAGAUUAUCUUGGAUUGUAACGAAAAGAAUGUUCCUUUCUAUAGGAAAUGUGGUUUAGAAACUAAGGAUUUGCAAAUGACAUAUUAUUAUGAUAAGGAAACGAAAAAUCAGAAUUGA